CCCCGCACCAGCCUCUUCUCAUUGCUUCGUCCCCCUUCGUUCAUCUGCGCAAGUUACUAGUUAGGGAUCUCUUCGUCCCCUUCCCCCUCAGAUCCGUAAACCCUAACCCUAGUUCUCCCUCGUAAGUGGCCAUGGCGGCGACGCGGGCGCUCUCGCAGAAGGAGCAGGACAUACAGAUGAUGCUCGCCGCCGACGUCCACCUCGGCACCAAGAACUGCGACUUCCAGAUGGAGCGAUACGUCUAUAAGAGGAGGAGCGAUGGUAUUUACAUUAUUAACCUCGGAAGAACCUGGGAGAAGCUUCUCCUGGCAGCUAGGGUCAUCGUUGCCAUUGAGAACCCUCAGGAUAUCAUUGUUCAAUCAGCGAGGCCGUACGGCCAAAGAGCUGUCCUUAAGUUUGCACAAUACACUGGUGCUCAUCCUAUCGCGGGUAGGCACACGCCUGGAACCUUCACCAAUCAGCUUCAAACAUCCUUCAGUGAGCCUCGCCUUCUUAUCCUUACUGAUCCUAGAACGGACCAUCAGCCAAUUAAGGAAUCAGCUCUGGGAAAUAUACCGACUAUUGCCUUCUGUGACACUGACUCUCCCAUGCGAUAUGUCGAUAUCGGGAUUCCCGCGAACAACAAAGGAAAGCACAGCAUUGGCUGCCUCUUCUGGCUGCUGGCAAGGAUGGUUCUGCAGAUGCGGGGCACAAUCCUUCCUGGGUGCAAAUGGGAAGUGAUGGUUGAUCUAUUUUUCUACAGAGAUCCUGAAGAAGCAAAGGAGCAGGAAGAAGAGGAGGCGCCCGUGGCCCCUGAUUAUGGUGCGGUUGCGGAAUACACAGGUAUCCCCCCUGCUGAUCAGUGGACUUCUGACCAGUGGGUCUCUGAUGCCGGAGCUGCACCAGCAACCGUUCCUGCAGUGUCUGGUGUUGAGUGGACUGCUGCCCAAGCUCCCGUUGCUGGCGACGGAUGGGAUGCGGCCGCAGCACCAGCACCUGUGAAUGGGAUCGCCGCCCCGGUUGCUCCCGUUGGUUGGGAGGCUGCUCAACCUGCUGCCACUGGCUGGGAGUAGUGAGACCAUUCAACCCUUACUAGUCCCCUUUUCAUCUUUUUUUUUUUCAUUUUUCAGAUGCUGUCAACUAGCUUCUCUUUAUUACGAAUUUCAACAUUAACUCUCUGCUGGUAAUACUGUAUUUGUUUUUUAUUUAAUCUAAAUUUCCUUUUCCCGGUUUUUGUUUUGAACAUGGAUAGCGAGCUAUAUUUUGUUCACAUUUGAGAUA